AUGAGUAGUAGGGGUCGAAGCACUAUGGUUCCAGAUCCUCCUCUUGUUUUUAAGCAGCCAACCAAUCUGGUAACUCCAUCAGAGAUUUUAUCAACCGUUGCCUCAUGUUCUGAAAAUUCUCAGCUUGGUCAGCGCAUGAAUGCUGGAGCCUCAUCCUCAAAUCUUAUACUUUCAGUGUUCCCUUUACCUUCUAGUUCUUCAGGCGUGUCCUCCUCCGAAUGGGUUUUAGAUUCUGGAGCAUCACACCAUAUUUCUCAUGAUUUGAAAUCCUUUGUUUCCUUGCAUCCACCAUCAUCUCUGCAAAUCAUGGCUGUUAGUGGCCCUUAUAUGGCAAUAAAAGCAGUUGGUUCUGUGAAAACAGAUAAAUUCUCUCUUUUUGAUGUUUACUAUCAUCCUGAUCUCAAAGUGAACCUUGUCUCUGUUAGUCAAUUGUUUGAUUCUGGUUACUUAAUCUCUUUUACUCGUACCACUUGUCUUGUGUGGGAUCCGCAGUCCCAGAAGCAGAUUGGGAAAGGUUGUAGGCAACGGGGAUUAUAUGUUUUGGAUGAGCUGAGAUUACCAAUGCCUGAAGCUGCCAAUAGCUUUCCACAAGUCCCUUCCACUACAGGGGAUUCUCAGAAAGUCCAUCAUCUCUCUGGGACAUUCUCUUCUCCCUUUCCUCCCUUGGGUUAUCCUAGGGCUGGUCCACGUAAGCAAAUCUUCUAUGACCCCAAAACUACCCGGGCUGCUGUUGUUACAUGUGGUGGACUGUGUCCUGGGAUGAACACUGUGAUUAAGGAACUAGUGGUGGGGUUGUGGGAGCUGUAUGGUGUGAGACGAAUUUAUGGGAUUCAAGCUGGGUACAGAGGGUUUUAUUCCAGGGAGCCUGUGCAGUUGAGUCCUAAGAUGGUGCAUGGAUGGCAUAAGAGAGGUGGCACUGUGCUCGAGACCUCUCGGGGUGGUUUUGAUCUCAAUAAGAUUGUUGAUGCUAUACAACACCAUGGAUUUAAUCAGGUUUACAUCAUAGGUGGAGAUGGCACCAUGCGUGGAGCUCUAGAGAUUUUUAAUGAAAUCCAACAACGGAAACUGCAUGUUGGAGUUGUUGGAAUUCCAAAAACGGUUGACAACGAUGUAGGAAUUAUUGAUAGAUCAUUUGGGUUCCAGACAGCAGUAGAAAUGGCUCAGCAAGCAAUCAGUGCUGCUCAUGUGGAGGCAGAGAGUGCAGUUAAUGGAAUUGGCCUGGUGAAGCUAAUGGGCCGAAGCACAGGACACAUAGCCCUUCAUGCAACAUUGAGCAGCCGUGAUGUGGAUUGCUGUCUAAUUCCUGAAACUGAAUUUUACUUGGAAGGGAAAGGAGGGCUUUUUGAAUUUCUUGAAAACCGGCUGAAAGAGAAUGGGCAUGCCGUACUGGUUGUAGCAGAGGGAGCAGGGCAGGAUAUGAUACCGAGAACUGAUGCCCAGAAAGAAGAGAGGGAUGAAUCUGGAAACUUGGUUUUCUUAGAUGUUGGUAGCUGGAUGAAGUCAGAGCUAAAGAAGUGGUGGGACAGAGACCACCCAGAUGAGUUGUUUACAGUGAAGUACAUAGAUCCUACAUAUAUGAUACGUGCAGUUCCUGCAAAUGCUACGGAUAACCUGUAUUGUACACUACUAGCACAUUCGUCAAUUCAUGGUGUUAUGGCAGGUUAUACUGGAUUUGUGUGUGGUCCUAUUAAUGGCAACUAUGCAUAUAUUCCAUUGGAAGAGGUGGCACAGGCUAAGCAUGAAGUUAAUACAGGGGACCAUAAAUGGGCAUGGGUGAGGUCUGUGACCAAUCAGCCUGAUUUUGGGAAGAGCUAAAUUAAUGUUUGAGCUUACAAAAAUCCAAGGCCAAAUGCUUUCCUCAGUAAAUGCAUCUGGGUUUGCCAGUGCAGUUUCUUGUUUGUUGAUAAUAAGAAAUUGAGAUUAUUGAGCUGUAUCACAAUAUGUCAGGACUUAAAAAGGGCAUAUUUUGAUGCCAAUCCAGUGUAGUUGGGCUUUUGUUGCUUGCAUUCUUCAAUGGUAAUAUACUGCUGUUAAGCACAGAUACAGUUAGUUAAUAAAAUGUAUGUUAUGUUUUGCUUUCA